AUGCAUCUCAAAACCCCUUUCGCCCUUGGACUGGCCAUGCCAGCGUCUGCUCUGUGGUCCGUCACUUAUUAUACUACACCCCAUUGUUCAGGCGCGGGAAAAGAGGUUGGAGGCUUCGAAAGAUGCCAGACUCUGGAUAGCGGCACGGAAUCGGUCAAGAUCUUUACCGACAGUGGCAACAACAUUACCUUGGGCACGGAUGGCUGCAACCACCCUUACGGGGAUGUGUCAAAAAUAUAA